CAAUAUGGCAGCCUCCAUUGAGCUACAGCAGGUUGAUGUGAGAGAGAUGCAGUUGAACGUUUUCCAAUGUAUUAUGGCAAAUUAAACGAUGUUCAGUUUAUCUAAAAGUGUAUGUUCAAGGGCAGUAAGGUCGACUUUGUUUAAGAUAUUGAAGUGAUAUACCCCAAUGCAAGCAGAGCUAGCUAUUUGCCGCCAGCUUCAAAAGACAUUUAAAACAAUCCAAGAACAGAGCGAACAAUGGAAACUGACUUUAGAAACUUGCCAGAAAGACAUGACCUCCUUGGAAAACCUGGCUGAACAAUACCAGUGCUGUGCCAAAGUUGAUCUUCUUCAGACGCCACUGGCACAGAGUUUUCCUGAUAUCAAGGAGAAGUUGUUAUAUAAGCUGCAUGAUGAAAUGGCAGACAUGAUUAAUAGAUUACAGGACAUUCUUUCAGCACAAAAUAUUCUCAAGGAUAAAGUGUCCCAUCAGGCUGAACAGUGUAUGGAUUUAUACAGCAAGUAUGCAGGACAGUUAACUAUGAAGAAGAUGACGGAAUGUUCACCUCUGUGGCCUUCCAUGGCUACCAUGUUACAGUGGGUGCAGGACUUUUCCAGGCUUUACAGGGAGGAUAUCCUAUGUAAGCAGCAUACUCUGGAAGUUUUCUCACCUGAUAAACCUGAGGCAGUUUCUAGUCUUGUUGAGCACUGGAAAAUGAACAAGAUGCUCCAGCAACAAAUGGAGGAGCUUCUCCCAUUAGUGGCAUUCUUCCAGCAAGAACAGUUUUGAUGCCUGGGAAGAAAUGAAGGAAUUAAGGUGGAGUGUCUUUAUCACAGCUAUCAAACAAGCAGCAGGUAUGCAGUACAAAAUGCAAGUACAUUUUGCUAACUACUUCAGAGGGUAUUCUAUGGUUGUUUUCUGUGAAACCAAUAUUGCUGACUGAAGUUGCCUGCAUGUCUCAGAUGCCAUGGGACUGUUAAAACAGGGAAUGCACAAGCUGAUCAGAAAUUUUGGGUGCCUAAUAAAUGAUGUCGAAAAUUUGGUGCCAAUUUUUAGGCUAAUCUUUAUUUUAUUUUCGUUUUAUUUGUGUAUAAUAUGACAUUCAUAAUGAACUGAUGACAUUUGUCCACAGAGCUGAUACAUAAUCUGCCUUCAUAGAUGUCAUUGUUUUCAAAGACUGUAAACACUGGUAAUUUAUAUCAUUGAUUCUGGCUCUGUUAUUUGUAAAAGGUCAGUAACUAUCAAAAUAAAAAGACACAGUGCUGCCUGUAA